CGCUGCCCGCUCGGCCGCUGCUCGCCUGGUCCGGUCCCGGGCCGCUGCCGCCGGCUGGCAUCGCUUUCCAGAGGUGGCUUCGGGGGCUGGGCCGCCGGCGCGGCCUGGCAAUGUCAGGCCUGGCGCCCGCGCUCUGAAGCCGAGGCCGCGGCCGUGGCGCUGGGCGGCGGCGGCGGCGGCGGCGAGUCCGGGUCGGAUCCGCUCAUGGUGCCGCCACGACGCUGCCACCGCGGGGCAGGAAGGCCAGGUGCGCUGAGUUCUUCACCUCCUUUUAGACUCAGCUCUGCCAAGUUUUCAGGCCUGGCUCUUGAAGACCUCAGGAAGGCCCUGAAAAUAAGACUGCAAAUGGUAUGUGUGUUUAUCAUGAACCGAAUGAAUUCCCAGAGCAGUGGUUUCACUCAGCGCCGGCGACUGGCUCUUGGGAUUGUUAUCCUCCUGCUUGUUGAUGUGAUCUGGGUGGCAUCCUCAGAACUUACUUCGUAUGUUUUCACUCAGUACAACAAACCAUUCUUCAGCACCUUUGCAAAAACAUCUAUGUUUGUUUUGUACCUUUUGGGCUUUAUUGUCUGGAAGCCUUGGAGACAGCAGUGUACAAGAGGAUUUCGAGGAAAGCAUGCAGCUUUUUUUGCAGAUGCUGAAGGUUACUUUGCUGCUUGUACAACAGAUACAACUAUGAAUAGCUCUUUGAGCGAACCUCUGUACGUUCCUGUGAAAUUUCAUGAUCUCCCAAGUGAAAAACCUGAAAACACAAAUAUUGAUGCUGAAAAAACUCCCAAAAAGUCACGUGUAAGGUUCAGUAAUAUCAUGGAGAUUAGACAGCUUCCAUCAAGCCAUGCAUUGGAAGCUAAGUUGUCACGCAUGUCAUAUCCUACUGUGAAAGAUCAAGAAUCAUUAUUCAAAACUGUGGGGAAACUAACUGCAACUCAAGUAGCAAAAAUUAGCUUUUUUUUUUGCUUUGUGUGGUUUUUGGCAAAUUUUUCAUAUCAAGAAGCACUUUCAGACACACAGGUUGCUAUAGUUAAUAUUUUGUCUUCAACUUCUGGACUUUUUACUUUAAUUCUUGCUGCAGUGUUUCCAAGUAACAGUGGAGAUAGAUUUACUCUUUCCAAACUAUUAGCUGUAAUUUUAAGUAUUGGAGGAGUUGUGCUGGUAAAUCUGUCGGGGUCUGGAAAGUCUGCUGGGAGAGAUACAAUAGGUUCCAUUUGGUCUCUUGUUGGAGCCAUGCUCUAUGCUGUUUAUAUUGUUAUGAUUAAAAGAAAAGUAGACAGAGAAGAUAAGUUGGAUAUUCCAAUGUUCUUUGGUUUUGUAGGUCUGUUUAAUCUGCUGCUCUUAUGGCCGGGUUUCUUUUUGCUUCAUUAUACUGGAUUUGAGGACUUUGAAUUUCCCAAUAAAGUAGUAUUAAUGUGCAUUAUCAUUAAUGGCCUUAUUGGAACAGUUCUCUCAGAGUUCCUGUGGUUGUGGGGCUGCUUUCUUACCUCAUCAUUGAUAGGCACACUUGCACUAAGCCUCACUAUACCUCUCUCCAUAAUAGCUGAUAUGUGUAUGCAGAAGGUGCAGUUCUCAUGGCUAUUUUUUGCAGGAGCUAUCCCUGUAUUUUUUUCAUUUUUUAUUGUAACUCUUCUCUGCCAUUACAAUAAUUGGGAUCCUGUGAUGGUGGGGAUCAGAAGAAUUUUUGCCUUUGUAUGCAGAAAACAUCGAAUUCAGAGGGUUCCAGAAGAUAGUGAGCAGUGCGAGAGUCUCAUCCCUAUGCACGGUGUUUCUCAGGAGGAUGGAGCUAGUUAGCUGCUGUCGUCUGUGGUUCAGAGAAUGGAACAUUAUACAGCGAAGAGACAAUCUCUGGCAAGUUUUUUAGAAAAAUGUUUCAGUGCCUAGUCUGAAGAUAACAGUUUCAGUUCUUUGGAACUCUAAAAGUAUAUUUUCCAUGUAUCUGUUUUCUUCAUUUUCACAAUGAAGAACUUUGUCAUGUAGCUGUGUAUAUAUCACUACAGUUAUAGGAAGUUCCUGUCCACAGGACCAACUUGCCUUAUACAUCUCAAAAAAUUCAACUGGUAAAACAAUUUGAGUUAAUCAAGGAAUAAAAUCGUAAUGUCUGGUGACUUUAUCUUGCACAUACAUUUGGUAAAUUCUUGAUUAUAUUAUGAAAAUAUUUUCCAGAAAUCAUUUAAGUAAAUAGAUCCAUGUUUCUUAUAGUCAAAAUGCUAAAUAACAUGCCUAUAAUAGGUACAGAUUAUAUUUUGAGUUUUUUAGAAUAUUGAAAAUUAAUGCAAAAAAUUUUAACUUAUAUCAAGUAUGUUCGUGCAAAACUUUAGUGAAAUUUUUUAAAGAAUCAAUAUUUGAGGAAAAGAUUGGUUCACUUAUACUACAUUUAUUGUAUUAUCCUUUCAUAGCAUUAGGUGCCUUGUAUUUUAAAUCUGUGACAAACCAUUUUUAAAGGGGAAGUAUUAUAAAAUGAGAAAUUAUGUAUUUCUAAGGCUGUAUUACUGUAAAUUUAAUUGAUAAAGAGCUCUGCUUUCUUUAGAGUUUUGAAUAAAUAUUCUCUCUUCAAUUAAGAAAUUUUCAUAAUGGAAUGAUUUUAAUUGAAGUCAUAAAUGGAUCAUUAAAAUAAAAUGUUUAUAUGUA